ACAGAUGUGAGAGUGACAGUGACCAGAUGUCUGCUGCAAAGAGAGUCAGGACUCUUUCAUGGAAAGCAGAGACUGAUGUUGACCAGGUUCCUCAGACUCUGAGAUUCCUGCCUGCUCGGGAACCAGGACCACAGUUGUCUGCUGCUGACUCACACUCUCCCAUGAGUCUUUUCAAACUGUUUUUCACAGAGAGCGCUGUGGAAAACCUGUGCCACAACACAAAUGCUCAGGCUGCCAGGGCAAUGUCAAAGGGUCACAAGUACAAAUGGACAGAUGUCGGUGUUGAUGAGCUGUAUCGCUACAUCGGACUGAUAUUCUACAUGUCUGUGGUGGAGAUGAACUCCAUCGCUGAAUACUGGGAGGACAGUCUUUUUUCUGUGCCUUUUCCUGCCACAGUUAUGUCAAAGGACAGAUACCGCACCAUUUCCUGGAAUCUACACAUGAGUCACCCAGACGCAGACGAGGAAAACGACAGAAAGAGGGGCACAGACCAACAUGACCGUCUGUUCAGGAUCAAACCCCUCAUGGACACGAUUCGUCUUGCGUGCAAAGCCUUCUAUCAUCCUAGAAGAAAUCUAGCUGUGAAGGAGAGAUUGGUGGCAUGCAGAGCCAAGACAGGAAUUAGACGGUGCACAAAAGUCAAGCCGACAAAGUUGGGAUUCAAGUUUUUUGACCUUUCAGACUCAUCAAAUGGAUAUAUUGUGGACUUCUCCGUCUACACGGGGAAGAAUCGUUUUCCUGCAGGCCGUGGGCUUUCAUAUGAUGCUGUGAUGUCUCUCCUGGACCGUAAAGUUUUGGGCUCUGGGUACCAUGUGUACAUGAAUAAAUUCUACACCAGUCCAAAGCUCUUCACAGACUUGUUUGCUCUGAAGUUUGGUGCUUGUGGGGCGUACAGAGAGCAGAGGAAGGGCUUCCCAAAGACUGCAGCUAAUUCACUGAGCAGUGACUCCACCAUGGGAUCCAUCAGGUGGAUUCGGGACGGGCCUCUUGUGUGUGUGAAGUGGAUGGACACACAAGUGGUGUCUGUUUGUUCCACCAUACAUGCUGCCUAUACAGGAGACCGUGUGAAAAGAACAAUCAAAGUACAGGAUAAGUCAAAGACAAAGUCUUUUCCAUGUCCUGCACCUGUGACUGCAUACAGCCAGCACAUGGGGGGUGUUGACCUGUCCGAUCAACUGUUGGAAUACUACUCUGCACAGCACAAAACCAUGAAAUGGUACAGAAAAGUAUUCCUACACUUCUUGGACAUUGUUGCUAACAACGCUUUCAUAUUGCACAAAGAGCUGCAUGGCCAAAUGACUUGCAAAGAGUUCACGGAGGAGCUUAUUGCAGAGUUCUGUGGCGUGUCACGGAAAGCAGCACCAAAACACAAACCAUGUGUCAAUUCCAGGAGCUGAUCUUCCUUCAGAAGUCAGAAGAAACGCUACUGUCGGUCGUCGGAUCUGUGUGCAUUGCAAAGCAGUGCAUGGAAAGAGGCUACAAACACCUUGCAAAUGUUCACUUGUGUCUUGAACAGAAAUGGCACAAAAGUAUGUGACUGCGUUGAAAUGAAUAAUAGUUUUUCCUGCUUCAUUAUUUUUUGUGUGGA